UGAUAUAAGAGAUGUUUUUGACGUUCAACACUCGACAUCAUUGAAAAUGCCUAAAGUUGUAUCUCGCAGCGUUGUGUGUACAGAUGUCAAAGAUCAAGAGGAGUACCAAGGAGAAAAACCACUUUAUGUAUACUAUUGUAUUUGCGGACAAAUAUCUCUAAUUUUAGACUGCCCCAUUGAUAAGCUGCCCAUGAGGAGGAGAGACAAUGCUAGAGUCAUUGACAGCCAGAAACAUGCUCACAAAUUAACAUGUGACCCAGAUGACAUUGUCUAUUUAAAAAGACCUCAAGGAAUUGAGAAACAGUAUAGACAGAAAUGUAAAAGAUGUGGAUUAUGGUUAUAUUACCAUCACCAAGGAAACAGCGGCGUUAUGUUUGUUGUUGAUGGGGCUCUCAAAAGGGAUGCUGCUAAAACUGAUGUUUACAGCCAGAUAUCAGAGCCAAAGAAGGUGACACUCACCAAACACACAAAGAACAUGGGUAAAUUCAGUUCUGUGACGGUGUCAACGGUGGACGAAGAGGAGGAUGAGAUAGAAGCGAAAGAGAUAGCAGAUUCAUAUGCAGCCAAUGCCAAAGUGAUAGAAAAACAGCUGUUCAGGAAAGGGAUGAACAAGAGAAGACAAGAAGAGGCUGCUGAGGAAGCAAAGAAGAAAGUGAAAGGAACUCUAAUUGACAAGUGACAAUACAAUGAUGUGUGUGAACAUUAGACUCAUUGUGUUGAAUUCUGUAAGAGAGGAGAGGAGGGUAUUUGUGUAUGCAUGUAUGUUAUUGGAUGUGAAUAUGAUGUGUGAAAGGUAAAGGCAAGAUGUUUGUUUGAUAUCAUUUUCACUAAAAUAAACUUUUUACUAUCA